CAUUACAGGCAAAUCAUCUGUUUUCACAACUUCAUCUUUUUUCUUUCGUAUCAGUUAUGUCGGACAACGCAGACCCCCUGGCGCCAAGGGAAGAAGAGUCCGAUGUCCACUUUGAGCCAGUUAUACGGCUCACAGAGCAGGUAGACACGAAGACAAACGAGGAAGAUGAAGAGGUCCUUUUCAAAAUGCGUGCUAAACUUUUCCGUUUUGACGCUCUGUCGUCUGAAUGGAAGGAACGCGGGACCGGAGACGUUCGCCUUUUGGCACAUAAAGAGAGCAAGAAAGUCCGAUUGGUUAUGAGACGCGAUAAGACACUCAAAGUCUGUGCCAACCAUCUCAUUACCUCCGACAUGCGCCUGCAGCCCAACAUUGGCUCCGACCGAUCCUGGGUUUGGAAAGUAGCAGCCGAUUACUCAGAGUCUCCCCCAACUGCAGAAACGCUCGCAAUCCGUUUUGCAAACCCUGAUCAUGCAAAGGAAUUCAAGAAAGAAUUCGAGGCGGCACAGAGGACCAAUACAGGUGGCGCCCCUGUUCAGGAAAAGAAGGAGGAGAAAAAGCCAGAUGCUGAGAAGAGAGAGGAGAAGGAGGAGAAGGAGGAGAAGAAGGAGGAAGAGAAGAAGGAAGAGAAGAAGGAAGAGUAA